AUGGUCAUAGGUGAGGAACAAGUAAGAUUUACCAGACAGCUACUACUGCUCAUGCUAAAGGUGCUACUUUUCCAUAAUGGAUGGUCCUCAGUUGUACUCUCUCAAAGCCAACCCAACCCAGAAGUAAUGAUUCCAUUGAAAAUUUUAGACUCUGCUCCAAGUGAAAAGCCUUCAGAAUGGAUUUCUUACAGAAUGAAGUUUGAUGGCCAGGAACAAGUUGUUCACAUGAAGGUAACCAAGUAUUUGUUGGACAGAAACAUGCCAGUGUUCACCUACACAGACCAGGGUGCUCUCUCUCAGGACCAUCCUUUUAUCCAGAACAAUUGCUAUUAUCAUGGUUAUGUGCAAGGGGACCUAUUGUCCCAGGUUUCCAUCAAUAGCUGUUUUGGGGGAUUUAAUGGAAUUUUACAGAAAAACAACACAGUUUAUAAAAUAGAGCCAAAGUUAAAUUCAACCACAUUUGAGCAUCUGGUAUAUAAGCUGGUCAGUGAGAACAAUGACUUACCAGCUAGGAGAUGUGAAUCAAUAGAUGAUGAAUCUCAAUGUGAAUUCAAGGUUAUAAAGAGUGACCAGUUAACCACAUCAGAGCAGAGUGGAUAUGUGGGGUGGUGGAUCCACAAGCGAUAUCUUAGAUUAGUAAUAGUGGUUGAUAAUACUAUGUUUCAUCAUUAUCGUUCUAAUACCACAUUUACAAACAAUAAUCUACUUCCUAUCCUGAACGUUGUGAUUGCUAAUUAUAUGCAAUUUGAUUUAACAAUAACUUUAGCGGGAAUUGAAAUCUGGACUGACAAAGAUCCAAUACCUUAUGACCCUAACAUUAAACAUGUAAUACCAUUCUGUAAUUGGAAGGAACACACUUUGAACCUACGCAUUUCACAUCACUUAGCACAUUUACUUUAUAUGUUUCCAGAAGGUGAAACAGUAUACCAUGUAUAUAUGAAGUCAAUAUGUCAAACACAGUAUAAUUGUGCAGCUAAUGUGAUAAGGGAUGACUACAGAAUGGAUAUAAUUGCAGUUAUAAUUUCAAGAACAAUUGCUAUUAAUAUUGGUAUUGGCGUAGAUGAAAAGUACUGUGCAUGUGGGCAAACUUUUUGUAUUAUGCACAGAACCUUGCAGUCUGCACAUGUCUUCAGUAACUGCAGCUACAGUCAGUUUUAUGAGGCAAAUACACAUUGUCUGUUAAGGCUACCAGAUACCGAGGAAACCUUAGGAGAGGAACGCUGUGGGAAUGGUAAGCUUGAAGAAGGAGAAGAUUGUGACUGUGGGACAAUUAGUUCUUGUGCAAAUGAUCCCUGUUGUGAGGCAAAUUGCAAACUGGCACGGGGGGCUAUUUGUGCUUCUGGACUUUGUUGCAGGAAUUGCAAGUUAUUGCCAGCAGGUACAUUGUGUCGAAAAGAUGAAAAUGAAUGUGAUCUUCCAGAGUGGUGCAAUGGGACCUACCAUGAGUGCCCUGAGGACGUUUAUGUGCAGGGUGGGAUCUCAUGUAAAGGUGAUGGAUUUUGUCAUAGAAAGAGAUGCCGAAGCCGCCAAGAACAGUGUAAAAGACUUUUCGGUGACCAGGCUAAGAGUGCUAGUCUUAGUUGCUAUGUAGACGUGAAUAACAGAGGUGAUCGCUUUGGUAACUGUGCAUACUCUACCGAUUCUUACACACCUUGCGCUAUAAAGGAUUCUCAAUGUGGAAGGCUUCAGUGUGUGAAUGUGAACCCACUCUCUAAUCUGCAAAGUCACAGCACCCUCAUUUCAACGAAUAUCAAUGGUGUCAUUUGCUGGGGUAUUGACUACCAUUACGGGGCACACGCACCAGAUCUUGGUGAAGUGGAAGAUGGAACUGAAUGUGGAGAAAAUAGUUUUUGUGUUGAUCGACGCUGUUUAUCUGCGUCACACUUCACAAAUCAUUGCUCUCCUAAAAAAUGCAGUAUGCACGGGAUCUGCAACAAUCGACAUAACUGCCACUGCGAUUCUGCUUGGCGCCCACCCUUCUGCAAAGCGGAGGCGGAGGCGGAGGAGGAGGCACUGGAGGAGACGGCAGCGGAGGAGGAGGCGGAGGAGGAGGCGGAGGCGGAGGAGGAGACACUGGAGGAGACGGCAGCGGAGGAGGAGGCGGAGGAGGAGGCGGAGGCGGAGGAGGAGACACUGGAGGAGACGGAGGCGGAGGCGGAGGAGGAGACACUGGAGGAGACGGCAGCGGUGGAGGAGGUGGAGGCGGAGGCGGAGGCGGAGGAGGAGACACUGGAGGAGACGGCAGCGGUGGAGGAGGCGGAGGCGGAGGAGGAGACAGUGGAGGAGACGGCAGCGGAGGAGGAGGCGGAGGCGGUGGAGGAGGCGGAGGUGGAGGAGGAGGCGGAGGCGGAGGAGGAGACAGUGGAGGAGACGGCAGCGGAGGAGGAGGCGGAGGAGACAGUGGAGGAGAUGGCAGUGGAGGAGACGGCAGCGGAGGAGGAGGCGGAGGCGGAGGAGGAGGCGGAGGAGGAGACAGUGGAGGAGACGGCAGUGGAGGAGACGGCAGCGGAGGAGGAGGCGGAGGAGGAGGAGGCGGAGGAGGAGACAGUGGAGGAGACGGCAGCGGAGGAGGAGGCGGAAGCGGAGGCGGAGGAGGAGGCGGAGGAGGAGACAGUGGAGGAGACGGCGGUGGAGGAGGAGGUGGCGGUGGCGGAGGAGGAGACGGUGGCGGAGGAGACGGCAGCGGUGGUGGAGGAGACAGCGGCGGAGGAGGAGGCGGUGGAGGAGGAGGCGGAGGGGCCUAGCAGAGUGAGCCUAUUAUCAGCAACUCCAGCACAGAAAGACACACCUCUGCCCAGGCACAUCAUCAAGGAAUUAAUGCUAGAGAAGAUCAACGUUCCCAGGUUGAAGCAAGCUGGGGGAAGCCUCAAAAUGUCUGCCGGCCUUAAGGGGCUCAUCAGUGUCAGCCUUAUUCACAACUCCAGCCUGGAAAGACACACCUCAGCCAAGGCACACCCUCAGGGAAUGAAUGCCAGAGAAGAUCAAAAUUCCCAGGUUGAAGCAACCUUGGGGAAUCCUCAAAGUGUCUGCUAA